AAAAACAGCUAAACAAGGGAGUCCCCACUUCCCCUCCCUGCUACACAUCCCACAGAAUGAACAGAGAGAGAGAGAGUAGUGCUGGGCCGAGUGACUCUCAUUAGUUUAGCUAUGUCUCCAUAGUGACCGGCUUUGCUGCCCCAGCUUGGGGAGGAAAUGCCAAAGUCCGUGCUUAAGAGCCCCUCCACCAGAAAGACAGAAAACAAAAACACACACACACACACACACACAACUCUAUUCUAAUCCUCUGUCCGGCCACGAUGGAAAAACCUCUUCUCAUCUUAUCACUCUCCUACCUCCCUCUAUCCAUUCUCUCUUUUUCCUUCCCCUUCCACUCAUUUUUCUCUCAUCCCUCCCUCCCCCUCCCUCUCUCUCUCCCCCCUCCCUCGCUCUCUUUUUUUCUGUCUCUGCCUCUCUCGCUCCCCUGUCAGUGUUAAGUUCAUUGAAGUAGACAACAGAGAGAUGAAAGAGAAGAACCCAUGGCAAACGCCUGUGAUGAUCAUCAUCACUGUGAUUGGUGUCAUAGCGAUUGUUGCCUUGGUGACGGUAGCAGUUUUGCAGAACAGGCCCCUCCUCCAAAAGUACAAGUAUGGAAUUGUGCUGGACGCCGGCUCCUCCCACACAGCUCUGUAUAUCUAUGAGUGGCCAGCUGAGAAGGAUAACAACACUGGAAGAGUUGAACAGACGCAUUCCUGCAAAGUCAAAGGUCCAGGUAUCUCCAGCUAUGCGUCUGCUCCAUUGGAGGCAGGGGAGUCUCUGAGAGCGUGCAUGCAGGAGGCCGAGAAGCUGGUGCCUGGAAAGAGACACCACGAGACCCCUCUUUAUCUGGGGGCUACUGCUGGAAUGAGAUUGCUGAAUAUAGAGAACAGCUCGGCGUCAGACAAGGUCUUUCAGGCUGUGGGGGACGCCCUGCAAAAGUUUCCCUUUUCUUAUCAGGGAGCGAGAAUACUCAGCGGCCAGGAGGAGGGCGCCUUUGGCUGGGUCACAGUCAACUACUUGGAUGACCGCCUCAAACAGGGUUUGGAAACUACAGGCGCCCUUGACCUCGGCGGCGCCUCCACUCAGAUAAGCUUUGUAUCCAAUAAUUAUGACGGUUCAGAGUCACCCAGAAACUCUGUGACCUUCCGCCUCUACGGAAAUGACUACAACCUGUACACUCACAGCUUCCUGUGUUACGGGAAAGACCAAGCACUGAAAAUGACGCUGGCACAAAUGGCUAAAGAAGGUCCAGCAACAGUAUUUGAUCCUUGUUUCCACCCUGGCUACACUGCAACAAAGAACUACUCGAUCCUUUAUGACGGCCCCUGCGUGUCAGACAGGAAACCACAAGCAGCUCUUGCUACCUUCACUCACACGGGGAAAGGAAACUUCCUACAAUGCCAGGAAGCUGUAAAAAGUGUCUUCAACUUCACUUACUGCAAAUACAGCCGAUGCUCUUUCAAUGGGGUCUUCCAGCCACUUUUGCAGGGUCCAUUUGGGGCAUUCUCUGCCUACUACUUUGUGAUGAACUUCCUAAAUCUGACAGAUACUUCCAUCCCUCUGGAAACUGUCAAGGAUAGCCUAAAACGCUACUGCGCUACUCCUUGGAAUCAGAUAAUGCUGCUGCAUCCAGACGUAAAAUUAAAGUAUCUGGCUGAGUACUGUUUCUCUGGCACGUACAUCCUCACCCUGUUGACAGAAGGAUACAACUUCACCUCAAAGAGCUACUCCGACAUUAAAUUCAUCAAAAAGAUAAAAAGCAGCGAUGCAGGCUGGACGCUGGGCUACAUGUUGAAUCUGACCAAUAUGAUUCCAGCUGAAAAUCCUGACUCUCCCCCUCUGCCCCACGUCGGCUACGUCUCCAUUCUCUCCGUCAUCGCAGUACUGCUCUUCAUCCUCUUCAUCCUCUUCAUCCUCAGCCUGCGCCCUCUCUGGCCCCGCUGCUCCAAACAGCCACAGAUCGUAUGAGUGACGCUUCUGUGGGGAGGUCAAAGGUCAAUGUUGCAGCACAUCAACAGUCCUGCAGCUCAUGUGGAUUCAAGGACAUUUCAGAAGGACACAUACUUUCUCUCCUCUUUCUAAUGAGUGAGUUUGGCUUCUCUGGUUAAAGGACAGUUUCUGUGUUUGUGUACAAGGAUGUAUGUUUGAAUGCGUGCUUGAGUGAGUGUGUGUGUGUGUGUGUGUGUGCGCGUGUGCGUGCGCCCACAUCAGUCUGCAUGUAUGCAUCUUGAAUUAUUAUGUAAAAAUGAUACUGUAUAAAUAAAAUAACCCAAGUUUAUAUAAGA